AUGAAGGGCUUGAGUACAAAUGUGUACUUUGACAAGUACAACCCCAAUUCCGAUAAGGGCGAGGAUGUCAGGCGCUCUCUGGCUGGCCUUGACUAUUCGCCCCUGCCACGGGUGACACUUCGCUCGUUGGCCAUGGGUUGCUUGGUCUCCAUGGGCGGUUUGAUCUUUGGCUACGAUACUGGCCAGAUCUCAGGCUUUUUGGAAAUGCCAGACUUCCAAAGACGUUUUGCACAAUCUCAGGGAGAUGGGAAGUAUAAAUUCAGCGAUGUCAGGUCCGGGCUGAUAGUCGCAAUGCUAUCCAUUGGAACGCUGAUUGGGGCUUUGAUGGCUGCUCCACUGGCGGACAGGAUUGGUCGUCGAUUCUCCAUCAGCUUUUGGUCCGUCAUUGUCUCGGUCGGAUUUGUCAUUCAGAUCGCGUCUGUCGACUCAUGGAUCCAAGUUGUGAUCGGUCGACUAGUCACUGGCUUCGGAGUCGGGGCGCUGUCAGUUCUUGUCCCCAUGUUCCAAGCCGAGACUGCUCCACCGUGGAUCCGUGGCGCCCUCGUGUGCACCUACCAGCUCUUCAUCACUCUCGGGAUUUUCCUAGCCGCAUGUUUCAACUACGGAACUUACAAAGGCCAACAGAACAAUUCGGCAUCUUGGAGGAUUGUCAUUGGCCUCGGCUGGUUAUGGACACUUAUCCUGGGCUUGGGCGUGCUUUUGUUCGACGAAACUCCACGAUAUGCCUUCCGCAGAGGGAGAACCGAAGAAGCCAAACAAACUCUCAUGAAGGUGUACGGUGCUCCUGCUAACCACUACUCUAUCUACACGCAAAUGGAGGAGAUUGAGAGUAAAUUCCGUGCCGAGGAUCAGGUAAAAGGUAACCCGAUCCACGAAUUCGGAGUUAUGCUUAGAGCACCAAGAAUGGGAUAUCGAAUUGCGCUCGGUGUGAUGCUACAGAUGUUCCAACAACUUACGGGAGCCAAUUUCUUCUUUUACUACGGCACCACGAUUUUCAAGUCCGUCCAGAUCAGCUCUUUCGUCACUCAAAUGAUCCUCAACGGUGUCAAUUUCGGGGUCACAUUCAUUGGCCUCUAUCUUGUUGAACACUAUGGACGAAGGAAGUCCCUGAUCGCUGGGAGUCUAUGGAUGUUCGCCUGUUUCAUGAUUUUUGCAUCAGUCGGCCACUUCUCGUUGGACAACCAGGACCCAUCCAGAACACCCAAUGCCGGCAUCGCCAUGAUUGUCUUUGCGUGUCUCUUCAUUCUGGGUUUUGCUACGACAUGGGGCCCCAUGGUUUGGACGUUGAUUGCCGAACUCUUCCCGUCACGAUAUAGGGCCAAGGGUAUGGCCAUUUCAACCGCAAGCAAUUGGACUUGGAAUUUCCUCCUCGCAUUCUUCACUCCAUUUAUCAUCAGCGCGAUCGAUUUCCGUUAUGGCUAUGUGUUUGCCGGAUGCAACUUGGCUGCAGGACUGCUUGUGUACUUUUUCGUCAUUGAAGGCCAAGGCCGAACGCUGGAGGAGAUUGACACGAUGUACAUUGAACAUGUGUCUCCCAUGAAAUCUUCCAAGUGGGAAGCACCCCCGGCGGCAGAGAUGGCUCGAAUCAGAAAGCAGGCGGGAACUGAGGUCGCUCCGUCAGACGUGGAGUCAAGGGGCAUAUACAGCGGAGAGACGGAAAGAGGGCUCGAUGGUGACAGGGAAGGCGAGAAGACCAGAGAUAUUAGCCGUGCCGAGAAGGUGUAG